ACUUCGUUUCGUUAAGAAUCAUUUAAAGGAAUAUUUGUUGUUUUGUCGCAAAUGGGAAAGACAAAGGAAGAAGAAGGUGCCAUGCUGGUGGUUGAUCCUCCCGAGGAAUUGGUGCUGGAAGGACCAUUCAAUCGAGCCGUUUGCAAGAAGAUAUUGGUCUUUAAUCCCAGCAAAACGGAUCGAGUUGCCUUCAAAUUAAAGACAACAACGCCCAAGCUAUUUUUUGUACGCCCCAAUGUGGGCAUGGUUAUGCCGGAGGAGACCGUUACUAUCGAUAUAUUUGUACAUCCAAUUUGCUCCGAUCAAAAUGUGCAACGUCACAAGUUUCUAAUGCAAGCAGCCGAGGCGAAUGGAAAUAUUGGCGAUUUGCACGAGUUUUGGAAAACAUUGCCGACUCCUGCCAUUUGGGAUACUAAAAUCAAAGUCAAGUUGAUUGAGGUCAAAAAAGGCGCGGAAUUUAAAUCGACCUUAAUGCUGGCCGAGGGGGCAGGCAUGGAAGGGGGGCAACAGGAGAAGGACAAAGAUAAAGAUAAGGAGAACGAUCCGUUGGCAAAACUCUUGCAAAAGGUCAACGAACUGGAGGAGGAGCGUCAAAAUUUAAUGCAAAAGGUCGAUGCACUCGCCAAGGAAAAGGAGCAAUUGACGAAAUUAUCUUUGCAGCAGCAGCAGCAGAGAAAGGGACACAAAUUCUUGUAUUUUAUGAUUAUACUUGUGUUUGCUGCUGCGGUCGGUUACUUUUAUAACGAAAAUUACAUGUAACAGACUUCAACUUGCUGCACCUUAAACACAAACACACACGUAAACAAUUUAAUAAAUUGCGUUGAGCGCCAAGAAUUACAA